AUGCUGAUAGUGAUGUCAUAUCGCACUUCCGGCCUACCAAAGAGCUUGGAAUUAAUUGAUGAUAUGCUCUUUCCCCUUACUCAUCUACUUUUGUUGUUGUCGCUCCCAACCCGUGUUGAUGCGUAACGUUAACUGUAAAAGACAUUUAAACUACAACCCUGGCAAUGAAGAAUGUAUUUUUCCAUUGUGUAUUACUGUUUACCAUGCACAGUUUGAGCUAGCAGAACUGUUGCUAUGACAACAACUCUCAGAUCAGCUUUGAAGAACGAAACGAUCCUGGAUCGUGUCAAAUCGCCAAUAUCCGAAUCCAGCUAACUGAGUAAUCCACGUACGAAGAACGAACCCCAGGACUAAGACGUUGUCUAGAAUAAACAAGUAUUUUCGGUGUUGAGGCCAUGGAAAUGAACGUGUUUGAGGGAGAUUCUUUAACUCUAAAGACAAACUUUAUUGAAGUGCAGAAAAAUGGUCUAAUUGACUGGAAAGUUAAUAGAACCCGUAUAGCAUCAGUCAAUAAAGAAACUGGUGGAGUUGAAUAUACUGAUGAUAAGCUUGUCAUGUUUGGUGACACACUAACCGUGGAUCAAAAUGGAUUUUGCACAAUCUGGAGCAUCAGACACAGACACUACGGUGAAUACGAAGUAGAGAGUAUCAGCAGUGCAGGGACAAAAUCACAGACCUUCAGAGUUAUUGUGAAAGAUUCUCAAAUGACGUCUGAUGAAGUAAAGUCAGUAGCAGCUACAGAGGGAGCAACUGUGACUUUACAAACUGAUGUUGAACUCCAGAAACAAGAUCUCAUCCUGUGGAGGUUUGGAGCUGAGGGGCAUCUCAUAGCUAAAUGGGAUGUAGAAGACGGUCAGAUAUUGUACUAUGGUGGUCCUGAUGGGAGAUUCAGAGACAGACUGCAGAUGGAGAGGAAGAAUGGAUCUCUGACCACCAAGAACAUCAGAACUGAAGACGCUGGAGAAUUUAAACUGAAGAUUGUUGGUGAAAGGAAGACCCUACUGACACGAUUCAGUGUUGCGGUCUCUGCUUCAGGGUUGUCUCCAGGUGGAAUAACAGGGAUUGUUCUUACUGUUCUUCUGCUGGGAAUUACUACUGCUGCUGCUGUAUUGUACUACUGCUACAAAUUAACAAAAAAUCAUGACACUUCAGAGCAUAUAAAGCAACUGUCAAAGAUCUCUGUACAACUACAGCAACUGGCAAAUCAACCACAUGACCAGAUAACAAGAACUAAACAAGAACUCUCAAAGAUCGCUGAAGAACUAGAGCAAAUCUGCAAAGUCUUAAAGAACAGUUCAAGUGCUGGUGAGCGACAGUCAUUAAAUGUCUGCGAGGCAGAGUCACAGAUGGUAGAACCUGCCAGUCCAAACCCUCAGAACGAAGAUGGUGUAGAAACUGACAAGAUGCUCGUCAGAAAACCCAACUGAAGUUCAACAAGAACAUGAAAAAAGUGGAAAGAGUUGUACAAGCACUUCUCAGGACUCCACAAAGCAAAUGACUGAAUCAACAACUACAGAGAGGUACUGUUGAACUGAGCUGGAUAAAGAGCGUGAGAAAGAGGGCAAGAGUCCACUUUAACUGGACACAUCCAUCAGUGACAUCUUCAACAUCAGAGCUCCAGCUAUACCUAAACAUACAAUAUGUGCCUGCUUUCUGUGUUUUCAGAAUAUUUCUGGUGAAAUUGAGUGAUCUUGAGAUGAGGUCAGGCAUGUGAAAAAAGUACUCAAUUUAUUAUUUAGCUGAAUAUUUUCAGACAGAAAAAUUAUAGCAUUAAAGUAAAAUGAGAUAAGAUCCUUACACUACAAUCAUACACGAGAAAAACUACAUAUACAUUUUUUUUCACCUCAUUUAGGAAAAACACUAAGAAACUUUACAUUUUUCCUAUUUAUUUAUUGCUAAGACAUUAUUUACUUUUGUGUUCACUUCGGUUUUAAAGUGGUCUGGUUAUGGUACACUAACACUUGCAUUUUUUGGAUUAAAAACUUAUGUUCCCCAAAUGUCCCCCCAUUUUUGGCCAGAGAAUGACUAGAUAUGAGAGUCAAAGACCAGAAACACUAUUCAGAUUAUGACUAAAGAGAAUACAGUCGAAUACUAAUUUUAUUAUCUAUCCAGCUUCUCUGCAGCUUAGAUUUUUUUUUUUUGUCAACAAAUAUUGAUAAGACAUGUAUACAAUACAUAUGAUUACAUAUUGUGUAUGUGCUUAACUCUUGAGCAAUGGCCAGGCUGACAUACAGAAGCUAAAAAAGCAAAGUGGACGUUUCAAAAUAUUAUUUAAUUUAAGUAACAUUUGUAUACAUGACAGAAAUCAUAGUUUUUGUUAUUAUAGACAGCUCACUAAGUGUUCAAUAACUAAACAAUAUGGUUUGUUUGUGUUAUCAAACUUAGCAAGCUGUCUAUUAGUUAUGAAACAUUUUUUUCUGUCAUGUUUGCAAACCUUACUUUCAUUAAAUCUUUUAUUUUGAAAGUUUUACUGACAGUAUUCCACUGAAUGGCCGCCAUCUUGUGGUGAGACGCAGAAAUACAUUUUGGCGCGCAAACUCUGUGUAUUUUUGACAUUUUCUAGCUGUUAAGUGUGUGUUGUGGGAUUGAUUGACUCCACCUUGUAACGUCUACUACAGCCUGUGAGUAUAAUUGUUCAUUCUAUAACAUUUAAAUGCAGGUUUCAAGAGCAGAAUCCUUUAUAUGUGUGCUGUUGCUGUAUAUCACUAUCUGUAAAUGCAUAAAUAGCUGGGCCUUUUUAUGGUUUUAUAGAUUAUCUGUUUUGUUUUGUUUUUUAAUAAUUUUUACCCGUGUUCCCACAUUAAAGCACUACUCUAGUAAUCUGCAAUAAAGCACUACUCUAGUACACUACAAAAAAGCACCCCACCGUCUCCAAAGAUUAUUUUGUUGUUAUUGCUGAAUGUUUAAAAUGUUUUUUAAAUAAAUGUUAAAGAAGAUGGA